AGUCACUACGAACAACACCACACGAAGGCACAAUCUCUCUCUCCUGUUUUUUUUUUUUUUUUAUAUAUAUAUAUAUAUAUGUUUUCUUCACUUCUCUACCCGUAUCCUCCCAGAUCUCAUAUUGAUUUCUUGUUCUACCUUUUCAUAUCUUUUCCUUUGUGUUUUAUCUCCAAUCUCAAAAGGGCUGUCUUUUUUUUUUCCUAUAAUAUAAUUCUGGAUUUCUAGUUUUUCUUGUAUUAUCAUAUUCUUACCAGAUCAGUUCUGUUUCUUGAAAAAAGUUGUUUUCCCCCUAAAAUUUGAGUUUUUUUUAAUAUUAUUAUUAUGGAGCAAGAAUCCCAAAAGAGAAAGCUAGAAGACAGCAGCAGUAACGAGGCACAAAACACACCAAUUCUUUGUGUGAAUAACUGUGGUUUUUUUGGAAGCCCCAACACUAAUAAUCUCUGCUCUAAAUGUUACAAAGAAUUCCUUCUAACCCAACAAGACACAACUACAACAACAAUUGAUGUUCAAGUUCAUGUUGCCGAAAACAGUGCAGCAGCAGCAGCAGAAGUUGAAGGGCAACAAGAAGGAGGUGAAGAGGAGAAGCGGCCGGUGGUGGUGGCAAACAGGUGCAACUUCUGCAGGAAAAAAGUGGGCUUGACAGGGUUCAAGUGCCGUUGUGGACACACUUUCUGUUCGCAGCACAGAUAUUCGGACAAACAUAACUGUGUGUUCGAUUACAAGAGUGCUGGACAGGAUGCUAUUGCUAAAGCGAAUCCUGUUGUCAAGGCAGAUAAGAUUGAUAAGAUAUGAUCGAUAAUUGACAUGUUAGCAUGUAAUUUCUAUUUUCUUUCAAGAUGAUCUUAUGCGUCAGUCGAGGAGAAUAAUGUUCUCUCAUUGGAUAUUUAUUUGUUUGUUCGUGUCUAUAUGUACAGUUUGGUUGCUUUGCUUAUUCUGUGUUUAACAAUUUGGGGUUUAAUUAUUCUAUUGUGAAUUAGUGAUUUUCUAUAGCA